UUGCAAUUUGCAAUUGUAAGCCGGUGUGUUAAAUUUUAAAACAAAAUAUUAUGGCAUCCGGCGAGAAUCAGUCAUCAUCUGAUAACCAGCAAAGAAGAUGGCAUCAUAUAAGAAAAUUAUUGGAAAGGUCUGGACCCUUCUGCCAUCCAGACUUCGAGCCAUCACCAGAGAUAUUAGAUUUUAUAAUGGACUCAUGUAAAGUGCUAAUUGUUGGCGCAGGUGGUCUAGGCUGCGAACUAUUAAAAGACUUGGCUCUUAUGGGAUUUAAAAAGCUGCAUGUUGUGGAUAUGGAUACUAUUGAACUGUCUAACUUGAACCGGCAGUUUCUUUUUAGGAAGAAUGAUAUUGGUUUAUCAAAAGCUAAAUGUGCUGUUGAGUUUGUUAACAAAAGAGUACCGGGUUGUGAAGCUGUUGCUCAUCAUUGCCCCAUCCAAGAUUUAGAUGAAGGGUUUUAUAGACAGUUCCAUAUUGUUGUCUGUGGUCUUGAUUCUAUUGUUGCCAGACGCUGGCUGAAUGGAAUGCUGAUGUCACUUUUGCAAUACAAUGAUGAUAGGAGUUUAGAUCAAAGCAGUGUCAUCCCAUUAGUUGAUGGUGGAACUGAAGGGUUUAAAGGCAAUGCUAGAGUUAUCCUGCCAGGCAUGAGUGCUUGUAUUGAAUGCACUCUUGAUUUAUACCCUCCUCAGAAGACAUUCCCAUUAUGUACUAUUGCCAACACUCCAAGAUUACCUGAACACUGUAUUGAGUAUGUAAAAGUGAUACAAUGGGCUAAAGAGAAUCCAUGGGGCAACAACACAGCUCUUGAUGGUGAUGACCCUCAACAUGUUGCUUGGGUGUUUGAGAAGGCUCAGGACAGGGCUGUCAAGCAUGGAAUCUCAAAUGUGACUUACAGACUGACACAAGGAGUUUUAAAGAACAUUAUUCCAGCAGUUGCUAGUACUAAUGCUGCUAUUGCAGCUUGUUGUGCUACAGAGGUUUUUAAGCUAGCCUCAUCAUGCUGUGCUAACAUGAAUAACUACAUGGUAAUGAACAUGGCUGAUGGUGUGUACACAUACACAUUCAAUGCAGAAAAGAGGCCAGAUUGUGUAGCCUGUAGCAACUCCACCCGCAUUGUUGAAAUUGAGCCAGAUGCAACCUUGCAGAUGAUCUAUGAUAAACUAUGUGAAGAUCCUGUUUUUAUGAUGAAAAGUCCAGGUAUAACAACAGUAAUCAAUGGCCGUAACAAAACAUUAUACAUGUCUUCUAUAAAAAGCAUUGAAGAAAGAACAAGGGAUAAUUUGAAGAAGAAAAUAACAGAUUUGGGCUUAUACAAUGGUGUGGAUAUCCUAGUAGCAGAUGUUACUACGCCAAACACAAUAACAAUUAAACUUAAGUUUUUGGAAAAUCAAGAUGUUGAAAUGGCGCGAUAAGAGUUUUCUAUCUUCUAUUUAUGUCUUUUGCAAAUAUUUGAACAAAUAAAUUAAUGCUUCUUAGCAA